UGAGUUUUACUUCGUACGUUAUGAAUAAAAAAUAAUUUUUCACAUCGUUGAUCUUUUAACGGAAUCCAGCUUAGAAAUUAUCAGUUAAUACGAGCGGUCUGGCAACGCCAUCAUCAGCUGUCCAACAAGCAAAUUGAUAAGAUUUCUCCCAUGUUUUUCGGUUGAGGUUGAGGAGAAGAUUAGAGGUCGCUAGCGAUCGAAAGAUUUUAUCUUCAAGUGAAAUUUUGUGCGGUAAAUAAACGGGUUUGACAGCAAUGGGCAGCAUGGAUGUGAAGGAACUGGAAGUAAACAAAACCCUGCCCUUUGACCCCUCCCUGCUUAAGGUGAACAUCUCGCUGCGCCAGGUCGAGGAGAUCGCCAUGACAGUGUCCCAGCGGUGCCAUGUCAGCGGAGCCAACGAAAUCGCAUGGGCGUUGAGGGCUCUGAUGCUGACGGAUCUGACCACCUUGGCUGGCGAUGAUACGGCGGCCAAUGUCCGCAGACUGUGCCUCCGCGCAUGCUAUCCCUUCGAGCCGCAGUUCUUCGACAGGUUCUUUGACCGGGCUCUCAUCCCAGAGAUGCACACGGCAGCCGUUUGCGUUUAUCCGGCCAGGGUAAAGGAUGCCUAUACCACUCUACAGCAGUACGACAAAUUGGAUAAAGUGGCCAUUGCAGCGGUGGCUACGGGCUUUCCCACGGGCCAGUAUGGCCUGCAGACCCGUCUGCAGGAGAUCAGCCACGCCAUCCUGGCUGGUGCCACAGAGAUCGAUAUUGUGAUCAAUCGCCAGUUGGCCCUUGUUGGCGACUGGGAGGCCAUGUACAACGAGGUGGUCCUUAUGCGCAGUGCCUGUGGACAAAGGGCUCACCUUAAAACUAUUCUUGCCAUCGGGGAGCUGGGAACCAUGGAGAACGUCUACAAAGCAGCCAUGGUUUGCAUGAUGGCCGGAGCGGAUUUCAUAAAGACCUCCACUGGCAAGGAGACGGUCAACGCCACCCUGCCCGUUGGCCUGGUCAUGAUAUUUGCCAUUCAGGAAUUCAAAAGACGCACGUGCCAGAUUGUGGGCCUUAAGCCAGCCGGGGGAGUGAAGACUGUUCGAGAUGCAAUCGCCUGGAUGACGUUGGUUAACGAAACUCUUGGCAUCCGCUGGUUGCGCCCUGAGAGGUUCCGUUUUGGAGCUUCCGGACUGCUAGACGACAUUGAACGUGUUGUGCGGGAGGGUGUCAAAAAACUCGAGGAGGAGGAGGCUCAGAAAACCGUGCCCGUGUCUCGCGAGGCUGCUGCUGCCGAGACCUUCUGCAAGGAGCUGCGCAAAAAGUAAGAGGCCAACUAGUCGAAUUUGUAUCCUGGACUUUACUCGCUCUGAGUGCAUUUAUUGUAGCAUUUUUAUAUAACUGACUAAAACCUAUACAAACAAAAAAACCAA